CAAAUAAAAAAGGAAAACAAAAACCGAAAGGCGAAGGAAAGCGCGGCGCGAUUCCUCCCCCGAUCCCCUCCUCCUCGCCAGGGCCAAAACCCAAGUCCCGAUCUCCCGCAACCACUUAGAUCUCGAAACCCGCCGCCGCCCGCUUCCUCCCCGAUCGCCGCGACCAUGGCGAAGGAGUUCCCCGUGCCGCCGGUGGUCUUCAACCCGUCCACCCCGACGCACCGCCGUCCCCCUCCCCCGGGCGCGGGGGCCUCCCCUCCACCCGCCUUCGCGCCGCCCCGCCCCUCCACCUCCUCCGCCGCCAACCCGCUCCCAUUCAUGUCCUUCGACAUCUCCGCUGCCGCCGCGUCCUCCUCCUCGGCGCCGCCCCUCUUCGCGGGGCCCAUCGGCGUCGGCUCGGGGGCCUCCUUCGAGGACGAGCCGCCGCUCCUCGAGGAGCUUGGCAUCAACACGCGCCAGAUCUGGCGGAAGACGCUCUCCAUCCUCCACCCGCUCCGAUCCGCCGACCCUUCCCUCCAUGCCGAUGCCGACCUCUCCGGCCCGUUCCUCUUCCUCCUGUCCUUCGGCCUCUUCCAGCUCCUUGCGGGGAAGUUCCACUUCGGGAUCGUGCUCGGCUGGGUCACCGUCGCGUCCCUCUUCCUCUACUUCGUCUUCUCCAUGCUCUCGGGCGGCCGCCGCGGUGACCUCGACCUCUACAGGUGCGUCAGCCUCGUCGGCUAUUGCAUGCUCCCCAUGGUCAUCUUCUCCGCGGUCUCCCUCUUCCUGCCGCGGGGUGGCGGGCUCAUGUUUGGAGUGGGGAUGGCGUUUGUCCUAUGGUCCACCAGGGUCUGCACCAGGCUGCUCGCAGAGCUUGCAUCCAGUGGCGACGAGCAUAGGGGGCUCAUCGCCUACGCGUGUUGGCUCGUCUACAUGCUCUUCUCACUGCUUGUUAUCUUCUGAUACUGUUUUUAUGGUAUGGAAGAUCGUGUUCAUAAUUCGUUCGGUGCAUGGAAUGGACUGCCUUUUUACCUGUCACAGGAGUGGUUUUGGUGCGACGUUGCAGAACUACUUAUGAUCUGGCAAGCUGAAAAAACGUUCUGUUACUUUUGAUCCUUCAGUUCCAGUGGGCAUGGUGGGGGCUGGGUAUAGAUCUUGGAAAGAAAAAGGAAGUCUGGAUCCAGACACUGCAAAUAUGAAGUAAUUAGGUUUCUCCGAAGUAUUGGUGGGAAUCUGACUUUCUAAAGGGGUGUGGUCGUGGACUCGUGGUCCGUUCAAAUUUGUUCAUUGUACUUAUACCACGACUGGUUUAUUUUAGGAUCACUGUUCGUUUCUUUUCUGUUGCAUUGUUCAUUUUCCAGCGUUGCAAUUUUAUGAGGUAAUUGUUUUUUCUUUAGGUAAUGUGGUAGUUACUGAUUCAUAAAUCAAAGGAGGGUUAGUUUUA